ACAAAGUCGUGUUGGUAUGGUACCCGUUUCAUAAAAAAAAAAGCCCCCCCUCUACUUAAACGUUUGCCUUUGGCAUCACUCUCUUCUCUUCUCCCAACUUCCCCAUUUCCAUUACAAGAAGACUUCAACUUCUUCUUCUUGUUCUUGUUGUUGUUUUCUUCAUAUAUAUAUGUCUGUAAUAAUUACCAGUUUAUAAUCAACAAAGAUCAUCAUCAUCAUCAUCAUCAUCAUCAUAUACAUGGAACUCAAGAACAUGGUCACUCUCGUUUCUCGUACUGGAAGACAUUUGCAGCGCUACAAUUUCCAUGGCCACCGUCAAGUUGUCGGAUGUAUUCCUUACAGAUAUAAGAGCAACCUUGGAACGUCGCCUAUGGUGGACGAGGAAGAAAUAGAAGUUCUCGUCAUCACUUCACAGAGGAAAGGAAAAGGGAUGUUGUUUCCAAAGGGGGGUUGGGAGAAAGACGAGUCCAUCGAAGAUGCAGCACUGCGCGAAACGGUGGAGGAGGCCGGUGUUGUAGGUGAUGUCGAGCAUAAAUUGGGAAAAUGGAAUUUCAAGAGCAAAAACAACGACACAUGCUACGAGGGUCACAUGUUUCCGUUGCUGGUUAAGGAGCAACUUGAGUUCUGGCCUGAGAAAGACGUUCGACAAAGACUAUGGGUGAGUGUAAGAGAAGCUAGGAAAAUGUGUCAGUACUGGUGGAUGAAGGAGGCCUUAGAAUUACUCGUGAGCCGUCUCACCGCCCAAGCUAACGUCGACCAGGGCAGGAAAUCUAACUUGUAGUAGCAAAAAUCGGAGCUCUAUAUAUAUAUCAACCACAGAAGAACAACAAUUGGCUUCGAUUUGAAGAAAACGUGAACCAGAUUUAGCGACAUCUAACUCUUGUUUCAUUUUCUCGUAAUUUGCAAGCCUUUGUAUAGGUUUUGAUUCUGUAAGAAACUCUAGUAAUUAGUUGUUUUUCGAGCUGGAAACGAUGUUUUGGGAAUAUGUCGGGACGUAGUCUAUGAGGACUGAUGUGAAACUUCGUCCGAUUCUCUGGCUUGUAGAGGACAUGCUUACAAUGGUUUCGUGCACUAUGAAGGAUGUCGUCGGAUACUAUUGAACAAGAGUAUCGUACUAUAUAGUUAUCACCAA